CUUCUUCCAGCCCGGCUAGUGUCAGCAAAGAGGAUUUUGCAAAGCCACAGAAAGAUGUGUGACCAGAAGAAGCAGCCACAGUUCCCUCCAUCUUGCGUGAAAGGUUCAGGAUUGGGGGUUAUGCAAAGUACCAAAUGUACCUCUGUAAAAUGCCCACCUCCGUGUCCGACUCAAGUGUGUGUGAAAUGCCCACCUCCCUGUCCGACUCAAGUGUGUGUGAAAUGCCCACCUCCCUGUCCGACUCAAGUGUGUGUGAAAUGCCCACCUCCGUGUCCGACUCAGACCUACGUGAAAUGCCCACCUCCCUGUCCGACUCAAGUGUGUGUGAAAUGCCCACCUCCCUGUCCGACUCAGACCUACGUGAAAUGCCCACCUCCAUGUCCGACUCAAGUGUGUGUGAAAUGCCCACCUCCGUGUCCGACUCAGACCUACGUGAAAUGCCCACCUCCAUGUCCGACUCAAGUGUGUGUGAAAUGCCCACCUCCGUGUCCGACUCAGACCUACGUGAAAUGCCCACCUCCGUGUCCGACUCAGACCUACGUGAAAUGCCCACCUCCCUGUCCGACUCAGACCUACGUGAAAUGCCCACCUCCGUGUCCGACUCAGACCUACGUGAAAUGCCCACCUCCGUGUCCGACUCAGACCUACGUGAAAUGCCCACCUCCGUGUCCGACUCAGACCUACGUGAAAUGCCCACCUCCGCGCCAGACGACCCAAGUGAAAUGUCCAGACCCCUGCCAGACCCAGACGUGCUAUGUCCAGUCGCCUUCUCCUUGCCAGACCUACUACUAUGUUCAGCCUCCUGCGAGUGGCUCAGCUGUCCACUGCUGUGUCCCUGAUCCAUGCUCUGCUCCCUGUUCCACCAGCUGCUGCUGCCUGGCUCCCCGGACCUUCGGGGUGAGUCCCCUGAGACGCUGGGUCCAACGGCCCCAGGACUGCAACUCAGGAUCACCUGACUGCUGUGAGAAUUCCAGGUGCUGCGACUCUGGGAUUUGCUGUUUGGGAAUUAUUCCCAUGAGGUCCCGAGGUCCUGCGUGCUGUGAUUUCGAGGAUGACCGCUGCUGUUAAAUACAGAAGAGCAGCCCUGCUCCAGAACUCGCCGCCCUGUUCUACCUUCCGGGACACUCACCAGCCUCUGCUCCCCUCCCUGUAUUCCCAGUGAUGUUCAAUUUCAUUGCUUCACCUCCCUACUUUGCUUCUUUAUCAAGGCAGCCUGCCAGAGGCAGCGCAACUCUCAAACUCUGAGAAGAAUAAAGCUCUGAAUGCAAUUCAAAA